AUGGCCGACCGAGACUACUCACACAGGAACGACAAGAGCGACGACUCCGAUGGCGAGUCGUAUUCUCCUCGUACUCCUAGACGCACGCCAAUGGCCUGCCAGUUCUGUCGAGGCCGUAAGAUGAAGUGUGAUGGUAGACCCAUCUGUGCGAAUUGCAGUCGUCGUGGCAUUGCAUGCUCUUACGUACCGGUGUAG